AUGUCGGGAAUAAGUACAUCAGAUUCCGAUGAUGAAUUUUUCUUGGAUAUGUUGUAUCAUCUACCAAGACCAAGGCUUUUCCGAGAUAGAUCAAAUCCUCUUGAAGAAUUUGAUGACUUUGAUUUUAAAUGCCGUUUUAGGCUUUCAAAAGAAAGUUUUUGUGUCUUGAUUCUUAUUGUUCAAGGUGUUAAACACGAAUCAAAAAGAAAUGUUGCACUGUCUCCAGAAGUACAAGUUUUAAUAACUCUUCGUUAUUAUGCUACUGGAACAUUUCAAGCAGUUAUUGGUGAUCAUAUCAGAGUUAAUAAAUCUACUGUAUGUAGAACUAUUAAAAGAGUUUCAACUGCUAUUGCUCGUCUUUACCCUCAGUUUAUAAACAUGCCUCGGACCGCACAUGAAAGAAGUAUUGUUCAAACAGGGUUUUAUAAAAUAAGAAAUUUACCACGUGUUAUUGGUGCCAUAGAUUGCACUCAUAUACGGAUACAGUCUCCUAAUAGUGAUAUUGGUGAACGGUUUCGUAACAGAAAAGGAUGGCCAGGAUCUGUUCAUGAUAGUACGAUUUUUGACAAUUAUUUAGUCAGAGCAAAGUUUGAAAAUCAGGAAUAUGGAAAUAAUGUUUUUUUGAUUGGGGAUGGUGGUUAUCCAUAUUGA